UCAUUGCAAAACACACACUCAUGCCUGAGGCACCCAACUCCCAGCACCACCAUAAACCAGAGCUGAGCUGUGCUCUAGUAAAAUAAUAAUCAUCAUCAUAAAUCAAUGAGCAGGGAUUGGAGAGAAGUUUCCAGUAGCUGCUGGGGCUGGGGGUGGCUUUAAAAGAAAAUCCAGGACCAGGUCUAACCGUGGAAGAGGAUCUGUGUAACAGCGAGCAGAGAUUUUUACAGCUGGGAGUUUGCACCUGCCUGACAGCCCCCCCCCCUCCUCCCGCCGGGUCUCUGAUGAUCAUGGACAGGUUCCUGGUGAAGGGGGCGCCAGGGGGCCUUCUGGGAAGGAGGGAGACACGGCAGACAGCAGAAGGCCGGGCAGAGUUGGAGGGAGAAGAGGAAAGCAGCAGGAAGAGGCGAAGGAGAGAGGCCCCUGGGGAUGGAGUGGCCCCCACAGCCCCCAGCUGGCAGCCCAUCCGAGCCCAGAGCCUGAACUGUGACUACACGGUGCUGUUCAGCAAAGCUGAGGCCGACGAGAUUUUCCGAGAGUUGGAGAAAGACCUGGAAUAUUUUACAGGUGCGCUGGCCAGGGUGCAGGUGUUCGGUCGGUGGCACCCCAUCCCGAGGAAGCAGGCGACCUACGGCGACGCGGGGCUGACCUACAUGUUCUCCGGCCUCACUCUGACCCCCAAGCCCUGGAUCCCUGUUCUCCAGCGUGUCCGGGACCGAGUCAGUCUGGUGACAGGACAGACCUUCAACUUCGUGCUUGUCAACAGAUACAAAGAUGGCCUCGACCACAUCGGGGAGCACCGAGAUGACGAGAAGGAGCUGGCCCCCGGGAGCCCCAUUGCCUCCGUCUCCUUUGGGGCCUGCAGAGACUUCUUGUUCCGGAACAGGGGGUCUCGCGGGAAGAAGGCCUCCGGGAAGGCGGAGGUGGUCAGGCUCCAGCUGGCCCACGGGAGCCUGCUCAUGAUGAACCCCCCGACCAACACGUACUGGUACCACAGCCUGCCUGUGCGCAAGAAGGUUCUGGCCCCCCGGGUCAACCUGACGUUCCGUAGGAUGCUGCCUGCUCUGAAGUGAGCGUGUCUGUGGCCAUUAGUGAUUCCACUCCCCCCCUUCUAUCUUGACUCAGAGGGAGCUGGCCUCUCUGACGAGGAACGUGAGAGAGGUCUGACCAUAGGACAGCGAUGCUGGGUGUGGGAAGAGGGGCUGGGAUCAUGUCUGUAGAUAGUAAAGGUGGCUUUUUUCCUAGCAAAAUGACUCUUUUAUUGCUAUAUUACACAGCAGAUACAAAAGGGACCUUGAGCCAAUGCUUACGUCAGCAGGUAAUAGGGCCUAGACCACUAUCAGUAGCUUAACUUAAAGCUCCAAGUAAAGAUGAUUUGGUCGUACUUAGUAGCUAAUAAUUUACAAAACAAGGAAGUCAGCUUUAAGUCAGGUCAAGAGACUGCACCCAGUCAUCACUCAAUGUUUACAAACGCGUUGGCUCAAACGCCUCUGGCCAAACAUCUGCUCGAAUCCACAUGCUCACAGACUGGCCCUCUGCACGCCGACCUUGUUCACCGACAUUUCAGAGAGAAAGCGGCAGGACGGUGACUCCUCAAAGUUGAGACUACGCAGUGUGCUGUGAGGUCCCCAGUCUGGGUGUUUGUCCCACCAGACUUGGGCAAAACAGGAAUGAGUGUGUUUCAGCAUCAGAGCGGGGUCAGAGGGGGAACCAGGGAGGAGUGGACAGUCGGGGGCCAGGCUGCUCCUUCCCCGACGUUCCGGCCUGCAGAACCUUUGGUUCAUUCUCCAGUGCCUUGGCCUGAGUCCUCGGGAAGGGCACAGCCAUCUCUUGAGCCUCUUGCACUGUUGAGUGGACACUGGGGAGGUAGGUGUCCAAGUGUGUCCAGGCCUGUCCGUCAGCUCACCCCCUUCAGAGGAAGCCCUGGGGGACUGACCCAUGCUUGGAUCCGAUGGACUCCAAACCUUAUCUCAGAAAGUCCUUUGGAACUUGGUAUCCUUUUUAGAAACAGAAAUAAACCUGUAAAUAAAUCUAGCAGGAACAUAAA